AGCUUUGCUCAGCUGUAAUUUUCUCUCAGGUCAGGCUCAGAGAGGGAGAGGGGCUAGCCCAAAGGGACACAGCAGAAGUGGCCAAAGCCAGAGAGGUGCACCCGAGGGAGAAGCUGGCCAGUGAGUGGUGGCGGGUGGUCACCCGACGCUGGCGGUCUUCCCUCCCCCUGCCUCAGAUCCACGCUGAGGAUGUGGGCUCCGGCGGCGCAGCGCUAACAACGUCGGGUACCCUGUGCCUCCCAAGGGGACUUACUGGCCUCGGAGGACUCGGGAGGGGCAGGGGGCGGGCUCGGAGGCGCGGCUCGGCGCAGGGGCGGAGGCUGUGUGCGAGAGGCCGGUCACCCCGCCCGCCCCGCGUCCCCCAGCUCCUGUGCCGCUGCAGCAGGGGGACAUCCCUGAGGGGGUACCGCCCCCCGCCCCGGCCCCCUCGCCCCCUGCGCCCACGUGAGCGCAAGACCAGCCCGCAUCCCUCGGGUUGCACAGCGCGUCCCGGCUCCGCACCGGUGUCCUGGUAGUCCGGUCCCCAACGCAGAUUCAGCGCGGGUCCCUGGCGGGUCCUGGCGGACCCGGCCGGGCGCUUCCAAAGGUUCUGGCUUCUGCAUCUGGGCGCAGCGCGCAGGCGGAGGCGCGGGCAAGGCGGCCCGGCUGACCCAAGGCUGAAACGCGAUGAGCAGCCACGGCAACAGUCUGUUCCUGAGGGAGAGCGGUCAGCGCCUGGGUGGCGUGGGCUGUCUGCAGGGCCUGCAGGACAGUCUGCAGCAGAGAGCACUGCGCACGCGCCUGCGUCUGCAGACCAUGACCCGAGAGCACGUGUGGCGCUUUCUGCGCAGAAAUGCCUUCAUCUUGCUCACAGUCAGCGCUGUGAUCAUUGGGGUCAGCCUGGCAUUCGCCUUGCGCCCGUACCAGCUUUCCUACCGCCAGAUCAAGUACUUCUCUUUUCCUGGUGAGCUGCUCAUGAGGAUGCUGCAGAUGCUGGUGCUCCCGCUCAUUGUCUCCAGCCUUGUCACAGGUAUGGCAUCCCUGGACAACAAGGCAACAGGGCGGAUGGGAAUGCGGGCAGCUGUGUACUACAUGGUGACCACAGUCAUUGCGGUUUUCAUUGGGAUCCUAAUGGUCACCAUCAUCCAUCCUGGGAAAGGCUCCAAGGAGGGGUUGCACCGUGAGGGCCGAAUUGAGACUGUCCCAACAGCUGAUGCUUUCAUGGACCUGGUCAGAAAUAUGUUUCCACCUAACCUUGUGGAGGCCUGCUUCAAACAGUUUAAGACGCAGUACAGCACCCGAGUGGUAACCAGGACUAUUGUAAGGACAGAGAAUGGGUCAGAGCUGGGGGCCUCCAUGUCUCCCCCAUCCUCAGUGGAGAAUGAAACCAGCAUCCUGGAAAAUGUCACCCGGGCCUUGGGCACCCUGCAGGAGGUGAUAAGCUUCGAGGAGACUGUGCCUGUGCCUGGUUCAGCCAGUGGCAUCAAUGCCUUGGGCCUUGUGGUCUUCUCUGUGGCCUUCGGGCUGGUCAUUGGUGGCAUGAAGCACAAAGGCCGUGUCCUGAGGGACUUCUUUGACAGCCUCAAUGAGGCUAUUAUGAGGCUGGUGGGCAUCAUCAUCUGGUAUGCACCUGUGGGCAUCCUGUUCCUGAUUGCUGGGAAGAUUCUGGAAAUGGAAGACAUGGCUGUCCUUGGAGGUCAGCUGGGCAUGUAUACUCUGACUGUCAUCGUUGGCUUGUUCCUCCAUGCUGGUGGUGUUUUGCCCCUCAUCUACUUUCUCGUCACCCAUCGGAACCCCUUCCCAUUCAUUGGGGGCAUACUACAGGCCCUCAUCACAGCUAUGGGUACCUCUUCCAGCUCUGCAACCCUGCCUAUCACUUUCCGAUGCCUGGAGGAGGGCCUGGGUGUGGACCGCCGCAUCACCAGGUUCGUGCUGCCUGUGGGGGCCACUGUCAACAUGGAUGGCACUGCACUCUAUGAGGCCUUGGCAGCCAUCUUUAUUGCUCAAGUCAACAACUAUGAGCUCAACCUGGGCCAGAUCACCACAAUCAGUAUCACAGCCACAGCUGCCAGUGUAGGAGCAGCUGGCAUCCCCCAGGCAGGAUUGGUCACCAUGGUGAUUGUGCUCACGUCCGUCGGCCUGCCCACAGAGGACAUCACGCUGAUCAUAGCUGUGGAUUGGUUCCUUGACCGGCUGCGUACGAUGACCAAUGUACUGGGAGACUCAAUUGGAGCGGCCGUCAUUGAGCAUUUGUCCCAACGGGAGCUGGAGCUGCAGGAGGCUGAGCUGACCCUUCCCAGCCUGGGGAAGCCCUACAAGUCACUCAUGGCACAAGAAAAGGGGGCAUCAAGGGGUCGGGGAGGUAAUGAAAGUGUCAUGUGAGAAGCUUCCAGCUCUGCCCAGGGAGGUGGGAAGGGACUGGGAGGGGGGUCCUGGGGACAAUUUGUUGCCUAACUGACUGUGGGCUGAACAUACAUGUUCUGUGUGACUUCUCUGGGGGCUGCUGAGAUAAAAGAGAAGGAAUGAAAGGUC